GCUCUGGUCUCAGCUGCCACUGAUCUGAGCCCCAUUUCUCCGCUCCAUUUGCAUUCACUGGCUAAAACUGGCUGGCAGGGCAACACUCUCAACUUUCUGUUCCAGGCUUUGAAGCGUUCCAAAAGUUUUUUAUUGACUUGGAGUGGAGGGGACAGAGAGAGAGAGGAGAGGAACAAGAGGAAGAAGACAAAGAUAAAGUACAACUAAAACCUUAGACUUCCACAGGAACAGGGGAACAGGUGGGCCAGGCUGAAAUAAACGGUGUCUUGAAGCUGGAGGCAGGGGUCAUGGAUAUUAGGAUGCAACGAGAGGAGGCAUCAGCUCAGGAAGUGUUCAGAUAUGCCCAGAUGUCCACCCUGGAGCGAAACAGUGGGGUAGGAACGCUGAGUAGGCAUCUGGAGCAGGAAAGGUUGGAAAGAGACUGCUACACGGUGGAUGUCAGGGCCAGUGACCUGCAGCUGGAUCAGCCUGGGCCAUUACAUCCCUGCUUUAGUUACAGAGUCUGGCUUUACAGCAUCGUUAUUGGGAGCAGCUUGCUGAUAGCGGCAGCUUUCUCCCUCUACAUGGGUAAUGUGUUUCCAGGUGCAAUGGACUACCUGCGUUGUACUGCUGGAUCUAGUAUACCAGCUGCAGUGGUGAGCUUUGCUAUUGCCAAGAACAGAAAAGUUGCAGUUUCAGACUUUCAAAUGGUUUACGUGUCGUCUUUUGCUGUGACAACCACGUGUCUGGUGUGGUUCGGAUGUAAACUCGCCAUUAGUCCCUCAGCCAUCAAUAUUAACUUUAACCUGCUCCUGCUCAUUGUGCUGGAAGUGCUCACGGCCUGUACUGUUAUCCUGUCAGCACGCUCAGCAGACGACUGCUGCAGCCAUGCAAAGCCAGUGUCUGAUGGCCCUGUGGUUGUGACCCCAGCUUCGUUCCCCACUCGUCUUCUCAAGGCUUACGCCGUAAUAGAGGUUAUAGUGGGCAUAUCCGCUGUAUUUGGAGGAAUUAUUGCUCUGAUUUUGGGUGCUCUCCUUCCAGAGCCAUAUCUUUGUGUCACUUUCUUCUGGUUUCUGGUUGCUUGUUUCCCCAGUGCCAUUGCCAGCCAUGUGGUGGCAGAAUAUCCCAGCAAGAGUCUGAUGGAAAUGCUGAUUGCUAUAAGUAGUGUGACCUCACCACUGCUUUUCUCAGCUUCUGGAUUUUUGUCCAACAGCGUGAUUAAUUUUAUUGAGAGUUUUCUGCAUGAAGUGCCAUUAGCAAAGCAGUCGUAUGACAUACUGCUGCUUAUCCUGAUGGGACUGCUGCUGGUGCAGGCGGUACUAACAUUGGCCACCACAGUAAAGUGUGCUUCCUACAAGAGCCAGCUGCAUACUGAAUGGGACACACUACACAAAAAACACUCUGAGCAUCAAAUGUUAAAUGGCACACUAAGGGAUUUUGACAGAGAGAAGGCAUGGAAAGCAGUGGUGGUCCAAAUGGCUAAGUGACCAAAAAUACAGGCAUCAGAAGGAAAAAACAAAGAGAAAGAAAGUGAAGGUACAAAUAUGGAGUAUGAUAAUGUCAACUGGAAAAGGAUCAUCAUGAAACUUCUGUCAUAGUUGUCAGCUGACCUGUCAUAUUAAUGAACAGUACACUACCGUUCAAAAUUUUGGGGCUAAGAUAUUAAUUUUUUUUUUAAAUAUACUUUUAUUUAGCAAAGAUGCACUAAAUUGAUGUCAAACAAAGACUUUCACAUUGUUACAAAAAUUU